UCUUCCUUGUCUACCUACUUGCUGACCGGUACCGGGGUUCAGUCGUCGUAAGUAUUGUGUUGCAAGACGAAGACGUCAAACAUUUAGGGAUUUUCCCUACAUAAUAGAUAAUGGCGGUCAGUAGACAGAGCUCACUGCUCUUCCGCAGGUUUUUGUUCGGUCAGAGAGGAUUUACGAGUGCAGCGCCCUCCGAGGCAAAAGCCAUCACUCGAUUCAGUCAACUAGAUGCCAAGAUUGAGAAAGCAUUACCAGCUAAAUGGCAACCAAUAUGGAACCAUCCCGCAGGACUAAAAACAAUUCAUUUCUGGGCACCGAUGUUUAAAUGGUGUUUAGUCAUAGCAGGAUUAGCGGACUAUGCCAGACCAGCAGAGAAGCUCAGUGUGUCUCAGUCAGGAGCUCUAGCAGCCACAGGUGUGAUCUGGUCCAGGUACUCUAUGGUAGUCAUCCCUAAAAACUGGAAUCUGUUUAGCGUUAACAUCUUCUUAGCUAUGACAGGGAUAAUGCAAUUAGCAAGAAUUUAUAGGCACCAUCAAAAGGAAAAAGAGAGAGUUGGCGACCAUCCCUGCCCCAGAAUCAACAAGAAGUGACUUUCUUCAAAUAUUUAGGGGAUAAUGUAGUACAAAAACGGUUAAUUUUACUUGGAAAUUAUAUUUAUCAUUAAUAUCGAGUGAACCAGAACUAUGGAUUUGAUUGGUUUGGAAUGGUGAAGGUUUUAUGGGUUUUGUUUUCUAAAGCUAUCGAAAAUCAGAUUUAGGUGUGUAUAUUAUGUUUGUAUUGUUUGAUUGUAAUGUAUGUUUGUUAACCCUCUACUCUUUGUAACAUGUUAGCGUGCCGUGGCUUAAAGGCACUGAACAAUUGUUAGCAUAAAAACUUACUUGGUUACAAGCAAUGGAGAGCUGUUGAUAGUAU